AUGCCGUUAAACCGUUCCCCACCGCAAUCACUGGCGGCGUCACUGCAACAUUGCCACUCUGACCCGAACUUAACUGACGAAAAAUCUAGUGAUGGGGAUAGGUCGGUGCAUUAUCUCACUCAACGCGUUAAAAGGAAGCGCUCGGAUGAAACUGAGGACUUGUCGUCUUUCAUACUAGAAAUGAAAGCUAUGUUUCAAGACUUCAAAACUCAACAGGAUCUUAAGCUAGAGAAAAUAUGGACCGCGAUAACCGAUAUAAAGACUCAAAAUUCUGAAAUCCGUUCGUCGAUUGAUUUUCUCUCACAGAGUCAUGACACUUUAAAGGAACAAAUAAAUAAAUUAGAAUUCGAACGCAAAAAUAAUUUGGAAUAUAUAAGGUCCCUUGAAGACCGACUAGAAAAGUUUGAGCGUGGGUCAAGAGCUACGUGUUUGGAAAUAAGAAACAUCCCUAUUGCAAAACCGGAGUCAAAGGAGGCACUAUUGGACACCGUACUAAACAUAGGAAAAGUUUUAAAAACGCCUAUAUCACGGAAUGAAGUUAAAGAUGUUUUCCGUAUUCAUACAAAAAAUCCUGAGAAUAAAUCAAUUAUCGUCGAUCUCACUUCUGUGCUUUUAAGGGACAAAAUAAUUGAGAUGCAUAGGAAACACUAUAAGGAUAAUAAAGUGAACCUUACAACUGAGCACUUAGGGGUGGUUGGACCGGUAAAACCAGUGUUUAUAACGGAAAAUUUGACCUCGUCUUUGAAAAGACUAUUAUUUCUUUCACGUGACUUUGCCAAAACUCACGAAUACAAGUACUGUUGGGUGAAAAGGGGAAAGAUCUAUUUGCGUAGUAAGGAAGGUGCCCCCCAUAUUCACAUUUCUAGUGAAGAUGAACUAUCUAAGCUACAAUCUACGAAAUGA